GUAGCCAUGAAGGAGCUCGAGGAGCAAGAUCUGAAGAAGAAGCACCAGGAGAUCAGUCAGAAGCAGAAGGAGUUCUGCACCAUGUACGAGGUUGUGAAGAACGAACGCAACAAGUACAUGACCCACAUCCAGAAGUCAGACCAACAUCUUUCAGAGAUGAAGGAGAAGUUCAAGAUCUUGUCCAACGAGGUCGAAAUUCUGCGCAUGGAGAGCGCCUACAAGGACAAGCAGCUUGCGCGAAUUCGACAGGAGGAGCAGCGCCUCCAAGUCAUCCACGACCAACUCCAGAACGAGAAGACGCGAAUCACAGCGAAGGGUACGGCUCUCAACGAGCAG